GAAGAAGUAUGGUGUCAAAAGUUCAUGGACUAGAAUGAGUUCUAUUGACAGUCGAACUGCAGAGUGGUGGUCUUGUUGGCUGUACCAGCCCAUAAGUCAACUGCAGAAUGGGCCACUGCUGAUGUUUCUUAAUCGUGAAAGUGCCUUAAUAUAUUAUGAUACUAAAAAAAAAGAGUGGAGAUAUCUUAAGAUUUAUGGGAUUAAAUCAAACUGUGAAGCAGUGGCUCAUAUUCCAAGUUUCAUCUCGCUUAAGGAUGCCGUAAUAGGUAACAGUGGUGUGGUGCUGAAUAUAAAUUCAAGGUGUGCGAGGUUUAAACUGCAGGGAGAGACUAAAGCUCUUUUAUUGGUGGAAGAAGAUUGGAAAAUGGAGUUGAAUUGGGAUUCAUAUUGUUCAUCGUAUAGUGAGGAAAAUGAUGUGGACACUGGUGGCAGGGGAGAUGCAGCCGAAAACCAGGCUUGAAAAACUACUUAAUGGGGUCCAAUCUUCACUUCAAGACUCAUUUACCUUUCAUUGGAAACUACCUUGAAUACCCUCACAACUAUGUGUAGUUAUGUGUUUUGAACCUUUUGCAGAUUUCUCAUUAUUACCCCAGAUUAACCAGCUAUUCUCCUAGCACUAAUGUUUUUGGUUACUUGAAUGAUUUGGGAUCUUCACAGGAUCAUCUUUCAUGGGCAUGGAAUACCAAUUUUGAAUGUGGUUUUGGGGCAAGUGCCAUAAGGUUAUUUAGGCAGGAUUUGGAUCUCCCUCAUUCAGUGUAUGUUGUUCAAAUUUUGUAAACAGUAUUAUCA